UUAUGCAAUUAGCUGUCACGACUGAUAAGAGUAAUUGAUUUGCUACCACUUGAGACUCGAGGCAAUCUGCAAAGUGAUGCUGUACGUUGUCGACAAAGAAACAGCUGCUACAGCAAAAUCAACACACCGGCGGCAAAAUUCAUAACAAAAACAACACCCACACACACAUACGCAAAUAAAAUAAGACACCAAUCAGUAUUUGUGGCGACUGCAAGAAGCAGUGGUUUUACUUACCCAGCUGAGAUUUAAUGAACAAAUUGGCAGCUAAAUGGCAGCGAAAGAAUCAUUUCGCGAAAAGCAGACACAGGAAUUGGAGGUUAUAGAGUCCAUAUUUGGAGCGGAUGUAGAGAACUUUAGACCACGGACCAAAGACGGACAAUGGAAGCCCACAGAUAUACGCAUACUCUUGACGCCGCUGCGGGAUUCAUCCAAUGGAUUGCCGCAAGCAUAUGUUUGCACAAAAUUGCAUGUUACUUGCCCGUCCAAGUAUCCAAAGCUAGCGCCCAAAAUAGUGCUGGAGGAGUCCAAAGGCAUUUCAGAUCAGCUGCUGCAGGCGCUGCUGGCAAAACUGCAAGCACAAUCAGAAGAGUUGCGUGGCGAGGUUAUGAUCUAUGAGCUGGCACAAACUGUGCAGGCUUUUCUAUUGGAGCACAACAAACCGCCAACGGGUUCAUUCUAUGAUGAAAUGUUGCAGCAAAAGGAGAAACGCGAAAAGGAGUUGUACGAUAUGCAAAAGCAAAAGGAAACAAUUGAGCGUCAAACGCUGAUAGAUGAGGUAGAGCGACGCAAGGAAAUGUUUAAAACAGAAGCCAAGCGACGUGGUGAACCCAGACGGAGCAUGAGCGAGUCGAAUAAUCGCCAUCCCAGUUCCUCAGAGAGCUCAGAGAACUCCUCUCCCUACUAUCGUGGUCAUAUGUAUCCAAAUAAGUGCCUAGAUCAUCGCAACACUGAAACGCUCUACUUUCACAAAAUGGGCAGGCAAAUACAGCGUGGAUGUUGCUUGGGUCAUUCGCAGCGUGGCUGCAUAGCCUACACUGGCAUUGAUAUACACAGUGGACAGCUACUUUAUAUAACCGAGUGGAACAUCAAGUACUCGCAACUGGAGCCGCCGUGUGCAGGCAAUGGCAAGUGUCAUUGGAGUUCUGAACCGAAAUGUUUGGGCAAUCAUCGCGUCGAAGAGCUCAUUGCCAGCAUUGAGAAGCAGGUGGCAUUAUUGGCGCAGUUGCAACAUAAAAAUCUCAUACAAUACGAAUGUGUGCUGUGCAUUAAGCGCAAGGAGGGCUUGCUCUUAUACCUGGUGCAAGAUUUCUUGCUGGGCACUAGUGUUCUAAGCAUAUCCUCUUCUUUGGGCUGGUGUAUGGAUGGGGCACGCAUGGUGGCACGUGGAGUCCUAGAUGCGCUGGUAUAUCUGCAUAAUAUGGGCGUCUCGCAUAGUCAUCUGCUAGACAGCACCGUUUUCAUGGACAAUGUGGGCAAUAUACGCUGCACAGACUUUUCAUUGGUACCCAGUUUGCUGGAACUGAUUGGUGGUGCGGGACAGACAAGCAGUCGUGGUGAUUUGCCAGCCUUGGGCGCCUUAGUUGAGGCACUGAUGCCCACCAAUAGCUAUGAGAUGCGGGACUUUGUGGAUAAAUGCAAUUCGGAUCGCACAUUGUCUGCAUCGGAGCUGCUGGAGCAUCCAUUUUUGCGCAGCAUUGUGGACACUGGACAGCAGCUACAGCAAACACAGCAACGCAGCACAUUGGUGCCCAGCACAUUGUCACUGCAACGAGGCGUGGUGCCAUUUCAAAUACCCACACUAGCAUUGAGCCAAUCUCGAUUGCGCACUGAAUUCGAGGUGAUCAUGUAUUUGGGAAAAGGCGCCUUUGGUGAUGUGCUCAAGGUGCGCAACAUCUUGGACAAUCGACAGUAUGCCAUCAAGCGCAUACCGCUGCCCGCGCGCAGUCGUCAGCUGUAUAAGAAAAUGACCCGCGAGGUGGAGUUGCUGUCGCGUCUGAAUCAUGAGAAUGUUGUGCGAUACUUCAAUAGCUGGAUCGAGAGCGUUAGCGAUGCGGAUGCUGCCGAACUGGACAAGGUGCUAGGUGGAGAAUGGUCACAAAGUCAGGAGCUAAGCACUAAGCCUGCCAAGUCACCGCAGUUGGGACUGACGAUUGAAGAGGAGACAGAAAGCUCCUCCAGCAUGUGGAAUGGCUAUAUAGACAACAUGGAUUCCGAUUCGGAUGGCAUUGAAUUUGUGGACUCGAAUGGUCAGGUGGUCGUUUAUAGCGACGAUAAUAAUGAUGAUGAUGACGCUGAUGAUUUAGUUCAUGGCAAAACAAACUCACCACGCCCACAGAUGCAAGUGAUGUACAUACAAAUGGAAUUUUGUGAAAAAUGCACAUUACGCACUGCCAUCGAUGACAAUCUCUUUGAGAACACCGAUCGCUUGUGGCGUCUCUUUCGCGAAAUUGCUGAGGGUCUCUCGCACAUACAUCAGCAGGGCAUUAUACAUCGUGAUCUAAAGCCGGUUAACAUAUUUCUUGACUCCCAUGAUCAAAUCAAAAUUGGAGAUUUUGGCCUAGCCACCACUAGUUUCCUAGCACUGCAAUCACACACGGAGUAUCCAACGCAGUCCUUUACUCAGCAUGCAACAUCUACGGAGGAUGGCACUGGAACGGGCAAAGUGGGCACCACACUCUAUGUGGCACCCGAGCUAACCGGCAAUGCAUCCAAGUCGGUGUACAAUCAAAAGGUGGACAUGUAUACAUUGGGCAUAAUAUUGUUUGAAAUGGUGCAGCCGCCAUUUGACACCAGCAUGGAACGGGCGCAGACAAUUAUGGCGCUAAGAAGUUCUUCCAUUGUUAUACCCGAGGACAUGCUGCAGGAAAGCAAAUAUGAAAAGACCGUCAAGAUGCUCCGCUGGCUGCUCAAUCAUGAUCCUGAGCAGCGACCAACCGCUGAGGAGCUGCUUGCCUCGGAUCUAGUGCCACCACCGCAACUGGAGGCAAAUGAGCUGCAGGAAAUGUUGCGCCAUGUGCUGGCCAAUCCGCAGAGUAAAGCGUACAAAAAUCUUGUCGCCCGCUGCCUACAGCAGGAAAGCGAUGCCGUGCUGGAGCACACCUACCACUUGAGCAGCAGUCGCGCCAUGAAGUCUUGGAACUCUGCCAUUGUUAUCGAUGACAUUGUUUCGCUUAAUCCACUCAUGGAGUUUGUCAAGGCCAAGGUGGUGCAAGUGUUUCGAAAACAUGGCGCCAUUGAGGUGGAUUCACCGCUGCUGUCACCGCUUUCAGCUUUUAAUAGCUGCUCCAGCGCCAGCGCUAAUGCAGUGCCCCUAAUGACGCACUCCGGCUGUGUGGUGCUCCUGCCCUGCGACUUACGCACACAGUUCGCACGUCAUGUGGCUAUGAAUGGUGUGAAUCUCAUACGACGCUAUUGCGUGGAUCGCGUUUAUCGCGAGGAGCGCGUUUUCAACUUUCAUCCUAGGCAAAACUAUGAGUGUUGCUUUGACAUCAUCACGCCCAGCACCAGCAGCCAGCUGGUGGAUGCGGAGCUGCUUUCGAUGGCCUUCGAAAUCAGCAGUGAGUUGCCGCGCUUGCGUGAGCUUAAUGUGGCCAUACGCAUGAAUCAUACAAAUCUCUUGCGCUCUAUUCUCAUCUAUUGCAAUGUGCCCAAGUCUCAGUAUGGCACCAUCUUUGAGGGAACCAUGGACUUUAUUGAGGGACGCAUUUCACGCUUUCAGUUUCAUUCCAGCAUAACGGUUAUUAUGGAAAAAUCACGCACCUCCGCGCAGACUCUGAUGGAUAUGCUGCUGGCCAAUUUUCUGUUGACAGGCUCGAGAAGCAGCGUGGAUGAGUCUGCCUUGAAAUCGCUAAUGCGUGGCAAGGGCGAGGCGGCUUCACUAGCGCGCGCUGCAUUGCGUGAGCUAGAAACUGUUGUGGGAUUAGCCCACAGUCUAGGUGUUACCUGUCCCAUACACAUUUGGGCUGGCUUGCCGCUGAGCUUUGAGCGCGCCAGCAGCGGUGGCAUUGUCUGGCAAAUGACGGCGGAUCUGAAGCCGAACCGUUCGGGUCAUCCCUCAGUGCUGGCCGUGGGUGAGCGCUAUGAUGCCAUGUUGCAUGAAUUCCAAAAACAAGCGCAGAGCUUCAAUGCUGCUCUGCCCACACGUGGAGUGCUCAGUGGCGCCGGAUUAUCCCUUUCACUGGACAAACUUAUGGCUGCCGUGGGCAUUGAGUUCGAUAAAGACUAUCGCGCCAUUGAUGUGGGCAUCUGUGUCUGCGGUACACGUCCACCGCUCAAGGAUGUGACUUACAUAAUGCGUUUGCUCUGGUCUUUGGGCAUACGCUGUGGCAUGGUGGAGACGGCAAGCGGGGGUGGUGAUGAGGCGCAGGAUUUAGCGCGACUGGGUGCACAGCAUGUCAUACUAGUGGCAGAAAAUGGCGCCUUGCGUGUGCGCUCCUUUGAGCGUGAUCGCUUCCAGGAGCGGCAUCUAACGCGCGCCGAGCUGGUUGAGUUCAUUAAGAUGCUGCGUUCGGAGACCGUAAAUGCUGCUGCAGUUAACGUUGGUGUGGACUACACUAGUCAGAUGUCUAACAUGAGCAAUGCCGGUGGCAGUGGUGGGCGGGGCGAGAACGGACUGAGCUACUCCGCUUCUAAUUCCAGCAUCAAGAACAGCUAUCAACUGCCACAGCUUCAUGUAACGUUUCUGACGCACGACAAGCCCACGGCCAAUUUACGGCGGCGCCUGGAGAAUCAGGUGGCGCAACAGAUGAACUCCACCUUGUCGCAGUUUCUUAAGAAAGAGUCGUUUGAGGUGCUUGUCGUGGAGCUGCCACCCGCUGUGCUGAAUGCCAUGGUAGGUGCCAUUAAUCCGAGAGAGAUGCGCAAAAAAGAGACUGAGCCUGAAAUGAAUUUUGUUAUCGAAAGAUUUCCCAAGUACAAACGCUAUAUAUUCGAAAUAUACGAUGAGGUUCUGGACUAUCUAACUGAUGCCAAGUCACAAAUUGUAGCUCUAUACAGCAUUUCCGAUUCGUACUAUCGGGUAAUCAUCUGA